AUGGUAAGCGAUAAAAAAUCCUUACAUCCGGCUUUCGCCGUUUCUAACAUCAAAGUUUUGAUCCAUAUUAAUCUAGAUAUCAAACAGGACGAAUAUUCUUCAUGGGUUUUCCUGUUUCAACUUCAUCUUCAAGCACACAGCCUACUUUUUCUUAUUGAUGAUUCCACUCCACCACCAGACCUUGACGCUGCCACCAUACUACAACUUGAUGCCCUCUGUCGUCAAUGGAUGUUCUCCACCAUGGCCAAAGAUUUGAUGCUUACCGUUCUCAAAACUGGAAAAACUGCUAAAGAGUUAUGGAAUCAUCUUAAACGCCUCUUCCAAGACAACAAAGGAAGCCGGGCCGCCAAUCUCGAAAGUAAGUUCGUAAAUCUAAAGUUUGUUGAUUGUAACAAUGUUGAUGAUUAUUGUGAUAAACUACAUGCACUUUCAAAUCGGUUAAGUGACCUCGAUUUUCCAAUGGAUGAAAAACGAUUGGUUAUUCAACUUGUUAAUGGACUUCCGGAGGAAUACAACACUGUUGCCUCCUUCAUUCAACAAUCGAUGCCCUCUUUUGACACUGCUCGAUCUCAACUACGUACUGAGGAGAUCCGACGUGAAAAUCUAUCCAGUUCCGGCUCCCACACUGCCCUUGCAGCCGCCAACAGCCGCCGUCCUCCGCCUCCUGCAUCUGUUUCUUCACGAUCGUCAGCUCCUGAACAUCACAGAAUUUCGCUGGGUCCUGAACACAACAGAAUUUCGCUGGGCCGGGAAGAGCCUCUCCUUCCAACUCCAUCAGGCCCACGAAAUCACUACCCAACAACUACUGCUCGGGCUUCUCACUGGCAAGCGCCUCUCCUGUCAACUCCCCCAAGCCCAUAUCCUACCACUACAGGAUACCACUCAACAGAUCCGUACUGGGCUUCUCCACACUACUUCACUGGACGUGGCCGGGGACGACAUUUCCGUGGGCGUGGGCGUGGACGUGGUCGAAGCACUUUCCCAGGCCGUUCACCACAAGCGUACCUCACUCCCACCACGGAAUACCUUCACCCAUCGGACAUUGCCGAAGUAUACAGCUCCAUGAGCAUUCGAACACCUGAUGAUGACUUUUAUAUGGACACUGGCACAACCUCACACAUCACCUCGGAUCCAGGACUUGAGCUCGAGGAAGACUAUUCUACGAUGUGA